AUGUUGGUGUUGGCAUUAGGAGAUCUGCACAUCCCACACCGGUGCAACAGUUUGCCAGCUAAAUUCAAAAAACUUCUGGUGCCGGGAAAGAUUCAGCACAUUCUCUGCACAGGAAACCUUUGCACCAAAGAGAGUUAUGACUGUCUCAAGACUCUGGCUGGUGAUGUUCAUAUUGUUAGAGGAGACUUCGAUGAGAAACAUUAUUUCAUCAUUUGUGUUAAUGGAUAUCCAGGCUUCUACAGUGGCCACUUAUGUGUAUCAGCUCAUUGGAGAUGA